AUGAAACCUAAAAGCGACGUCCAGAGAUCUAAAGAGUAUCGUGAGAGACAAAAAUUAAAGAGGCAAAUUGAAUUACAGCAGAAAAAUAUAGAUCGUCUUCAAACCACAUCGACUAAAACUCGUGCUGAAUAUAUGAAAGAAUAUCGACGGCGAGUGAAAUUAAAAAAUCAAAAUGUUCAAUUAAAUAUCUUGCUAGCAAAACAUCAUUCAGAUGCCAAAUCAACUCAAGGAUCAACAUCGGUGGCAAUAUCCAAAAGAAAAAGCAAUGCACAAAAAUGUAAAGAAUAUCGUGAGAAAAAAAAAUUAAACACACCGAAACAAAAAAGAACAGCUAAAAGCAGGGCACAAAUAAACAAAAACUAUUAUGAGAAAAACAAAAUUUCAAACACAUGGAAUAAAACUCGUGCUGAAUAUAUGAAAGAGUAUCGACGGAGAGUGAAAUUAAAAAAUCAAAAUGUUCAGUUAAAUGUCUUGCUAGCAAAACAUCAUUCAGAUGCAGAAGAAAAGCAUAAAGAACUAAAAAAAGAGCUAAAAAGAAAAAGACAUUGUGAACGUCAAAGGGCAUAUUAUCACCGUCAGAAAAAAUUGAAGAAAAAUGAAGGAAAAAAAAAAGUACCAAAAACAAAUGCUGAACGUCAAAGGGAAUUUCGUCAACGUAAAGCAGAAAAAUCCUACGUGGUUAGG